AUGUCGCAACAAUUCAUUGGCAAUGACAAUGCCCGAAUUACACCCUUCAAUGUGCAUAUCUCUGACGAAAGUCUUGACCAGCUUGACCAACUCUUGAGCAUUACUCCAAUCGCCGAACCCACCUACGAAAACACCCUGCUUGAUGGAGACCGAAGAUUUGGUAUGCGGCGUGACUGGUUGACGAAGGCUGUAGAAGAGUGGAAGACAACGUUCGACUGGCGGAAGCACGAAAAGUAUAUCAACACUUUCGAUCACUUUCACAUGAACAUCAACGACGAGCUGGGCGACUUCCAUAUCCACUUCGUAGCUAUGGUCUCCAAAAGACGAGAUGCUGUGCCCUUACUGUUACUUCACGGCUGGCCAGGCAGCUUCUUGGAUAUGACAGAUGACCUGCCAUACCAUCUUGUUGUUCCAUCACUCCCAGGCUAUGCAUUCUCUAGCCGCCCACCUCUCGAAAAAGACUUUGGGAUCGGGGACGUCGCGAGACUCAUGAAUAUGUUGAUGCUCAAUCUAGGAUACGAAGCUGGGUACAUGGUGCAAGGUGGCGAUGUCGGCAGCAAAGUCGCCAGGGUUAUAGCUGCAAAGCAUGAUGAAUGCAAAGGCAAGGAUUUCUCCCACGAUAUAACGGUUGCCGAGCAUAAAGGUCUUGUCAGAGCGCGCGAAUUCAUGCAGACUGGCAGCUCCUAUGCAAUCCAACACGCAACGAAGCCUGCCACCAUAGGUCUCGUGCUAUCUACCAACCCCAUUGCUUUGCUAGCAUGGAUCGGCGAGAAAUUCCUCGCCUGGACCGAGGAAGAUCCACCCGUCUCACUGAUCUUGGAAUCUGUCAGCUUGUACUGGUUCACGGAAUGUGCAGCUACGAGUCUUUGGCCUUACCGUAUCUUUUACACUCCAGGUGUUGACGGCAAUCCGCAUAACAUGUCUGAAUACACGAUUCCCGCCGACAAGCCUUUUGGAUACUCUUACUAUCCAUAUGAGCUGUACCCAGUCCCCAAGGCAUGGGCUGCCAAGACUGGCAACCUGACCUUCUUCCGUGCUCAUGACAAUGGAGGACAUUUUGCGGCUAUCGAGCAGACAGAGGCCUUCUUGAAGGAUCUCGAGGAGUUCGUGCAGGAGAGCCGUGCAGCAGCAGGUUUUGCUGGAUCUGUUUGA